AUGGAAGAAAGUCUAAGUUUGUUUAUGCAGGCUACUCAAAAGUCUAUAACAAAUCUAGAACAGACUACUUCAAGGUCCAUAACAAGUUUAGAACGACAAAUAGGUCAGCUUGCUAGUCAAGUGAAUGAAAGAGAUAAGGGACAGUUCCCAAGUCAAACAAUGCCUAACCAUAAGGGUUCUUUUGAGGUCAGCACAUCUGGUGCUAAAUCCUCCGAUCAACUCCAGUCCGUUUCUUCCUUAAGAAGCGGAUGGAUCAUUGAUAACCAUGUUGGUAAUCCUAAGGAAAAUGAGCAUGCUAGGAGCACGCCCAUUGUGACGCAGGUUACACCUUCGACACAAAAAGAAACCAAUGAAUCUGGAAAUACUUAUGUUCCUCGUGCUCCAUUUCCUCAACGAAAACGCCACCCUAAAUACAAGGAUCCUGGUUGUCCUACUAUUGCUUGCACUAUAGUAGAACACAAGAUUGAACAUGUUUUGUUAGAUUUAGGCGCUAGUGUGAAUCUUUUUCCAUAUUAUGUGUAUGAACAAUUAAGACUUGGUGACUUGAAACCCACUAAUGUUACACUCCAAUUGGCUGAUAGGUCCACUAAAAUUCCUAGAGGAGUGGUAGAGGACAUUCUUGUGUCGGUUGAUAUCUUUGUUUAUCCUGUGGAUUUCAUAAUUCUAGAUACACAACCUGUGAAUCAUCUAGAAGAUCCAUUAGAAUCAUGUUUAACUCAUUUUAGGCAGGAUACAACUGAUGAUAGUGUUAUUUAUGAAGUCAACGCUUUGUUAGACUCCACCCCACUGCUGGACACUAGUAAAUGGAAGCCUAGAAUUGAACCUCCUGUUCUUUUCGAGUCUCGACUAGUCCCAUCAGUUGAGAAAGCUCUGACUUUGACCCUUAAUCCAUUGUCCGACACUCUAAAAUAUGUUUACUUAGGCUUUGAAAACACUUUACCUAUUAUUAUUUCCUAUAAUCUCACAUUAGAACAGGAAAGUAGGUUGGUAGAUGUCCUUAGAGAACAUAAGACGGCUAUAGGUUGGUCCAUUGCAGAUUUGAAAGAAAGGUUUAUUGAAGUUUUCAUGGAUAAUUUUUCUGUGUUUGGUUCUUCUUUCGAUGAAUAUCUCCAUCAUCUCACUCUUGUCCUAAUGAGAUGUAAGGAAAAGAAUCUUGUAUGGAAUUGGGAGAACAGUAACUUCAUGGUUCAGUCAGGAAUUGUUUUAGGUCACAUUGUUUCUUUCAUGGGUAUAGAAGUAGACAGGGAUAAGGUUGAUUUAAUUUCUAAGUUAAGACCUCUACGUAAAGUUACGGAAGUUAGAUCAUUCCUAGGUCAUGCAGGUUUUUACCGUCGUUUUAUUAAGGAUUUCAGUAAGAUCUCACGUCCUUUAUGCAAUCUUCUUGGUAAGGACGUUGCUUUUGUCUGUGAUGAAACUUUUGUUGUAGCUUUUGAGAAGCUGAAGUUGUUGUUAACUUUUGCCCCUAUUAUACAACCUCCUAAUUGGAAUCUUCCAUUUGAGAUUAUGUGUGAUGCUUUUAAUUUUGCAGUUGGAGCUGCUUUAGGACAGCGCAAGGAUAAAGCACAUCAUGUUAUUUACUAUGCUAGUAAGACAUUGAAUGAUGCACAAUUGAAUUACACCACUACUGAAAAAGAACUCUUAUCGAUUGUGUUUGCUGUAGAAAAGUUUAGACCUUACCUUUUAGGGUCUAAAAUCAUUAUAUUCUCUGAUCAUGCUGCAUUGAAGUACCUUAUUUCCAAGAAGGAUGCUAAACCUAAGUUGAUUACGUGGAUAUUAUUUCUGCAGGGGUUUAACUUUGAUAUUCAGGAAAAUAAAGGUUCCAAAAAUGUAGUGGCAGAUCACCUUUCUAGGAUCGUUUCACAAUCGUCUAAUGAUGCCUUACCUUUUCAUGAAUCGUUUCUCGACGAACAAUUGUUUGUUGUUUCGCAAUUACCUUAG